AUGCCGCAGCAGUCCAUUGAUGAGCACGCAGCUGGACUGUGCACAGCACUCUGUGCCCACUGUGCCUAUGCCCCGCGCCGUGUUUGCACGUGCCGGCACGUCCCUGGUGUCCCGCACCACAGGGCCCUGUGGCAUCGCAACGAUGCCGGCCACCAAGAUAGUCUUGGAUUUCAGACCUGCCCCUGGGUUCAAUCGGUGGCUGAAGAGCUGCCUCACAGCCGCUGUCCAUUGCAGACCCUCGAAAAGGAGGUGUUCCCGGAGCAGAAAGCUCAGCACACGAUUACAACUUACGGCAUCGGCUAUGCAAUUUGGCUGAAACGGACAUUUGGCCAAGCGAGCUCUGACCCGGACUCCUUUCAAAUUUCAGAUACUCCUACAAUCACACUGUCCAAAUACGACUACUUCGGGGUACUCGUCACAGGCAUCAAGUUCAGUGAAGCAUUAGAGACCGAGGUCAGCAACCACCACCCCGACAAGCAGGGCAGCGUGUCCAAGGUCAAGGACAACUUCGUCAACAGAGUUGCAGAGAAGUGCGGGGCCGCCGUUGUACGCAUCCAGACGGAGCAGAAGGUGGAGAUUCCUUCCAUCGGGAACGCAGACAUCUUCUCCUUCUUCUUUGGAAUCAAGCCCGAGAUCAAUCAGCAGGAGCGGAAGAUCAAAGGCCAAGGUUCCGGAUUCUGUGUCGAUGGCGCGGUGGGCGUGGUUCUGACGAAUGCCCAUGUGGUCCAGGGAGCAGACAGGAUUCUGGCUAGCUUCCCCGGGAGACGAGCCGCCAUCGAAUGUGAGAUCCUUGAGACUGAUGAGGUCAUCGAUCUGGCAGCUUUGCGUGUGAAGGACAAGUCCCAGCUCCCACUGCCUUCCAUGGCGCUGGGGGCCAGCGAGACGGUCAAGACCGGUGACUGGACCAUCGUCCUCGGAAAUCCGCUGGGCUUGCAGAAUACGUGCACCUUGGGCAUCGUAUCCUCACUGGAGCGCUCCACUGGGGAGACAGGUUUCGACUGGAUGAGACACCCACUCAUCCAGACCGACGCAGCGGUCAACCAAGGGAACAGUGGUGGGCCCAUGCUGAACGAGAUCGGUGAGGUGAUUGGGAUGAUCUCAAUGCGGGCCCUGUUUGGAGAAGGGAUUGGUUUUGCCAUCCCCGCAGACUCCAUCCGGACCGCGCUCCCUAGCCUCCUUGCAGGGAAAAAGGUUCCACGCUCGUACAUUGGGGUCAAAAUGGCCAUGCAAGACCACAGCGGCCACGAGUGCGCCGUGGUGGAUGUGGUCUUGGAUGGGAGCCCCGCUGCUGAGGCAGGUGUGAAGGUCGGUGAUCAGAUCUUGGAGGUCGGCGGUCGGAAGGUGCGACAUUUCGACGAGGUGCAGCUAGCUGUCCGAGCGCUGCCUGUGGACAAUCGUUUGAAGCUCAAGGUGAGGCGUGGCGAGAAGUCUACGACCCUCGUCGUGACAACGGCAGACAUCCGACGUUUGCGGGAGGCAUCGCCAGCCUCACCGGGCGGCCGCCACCGUGUGGUCAUCCUGCCCUGA